AAAAUGCCUGAUCCACCAAAAGCAGGGAAGAAGGGCUCCAAGAAGGCCGUGUCCAAGGCGACAAAGAGCGGCGGCAGGAAGAAGAGGAGGCCCAGGAAGGAGAGCUAUGCCAUCUACGUCUACAAGGUCCUGAAACAGGUCCACCCCGACACCGGCAUCUCCUCCAAGGCAAUGGGCAUCAUGAACUCCUUCGUCAGCGACAUCUUCGAGCGCAUCGCCGGUGAGGCCUCUCGUCUUGCUCACUACAACAAGCGCUCCACCAUCACCUCCAGGGAGAUCCAGACCGCCGUCCGCCUGCUGCUCCCUGGUGAGCUGGCCAAGCACGCUGUGUCUGAGGGCACCAAGGCCGUCACCAAGUACACCAGCUCCAAGUAA